UAUUGCAUUUCAAAAAUGGAUUAAUUUAAGUGCUUUUGGUGGUAAUGGAAAUGGGGAAAAAGUUAUUUAUGGGGAUCAAUGCCCUCUGAUAAUUUUGAGCAGAUGCAGUGUUAGUUCUCGGGUCAUUGUUAAAUGUUCCUUUCCAAAUUACCUUUUGACGUCUACAUAUCUGCGUGUUUCAGGUUGUGCAACGGAAACCUCAAAAUAUGAUGGUCCACAAAAUGACGAUGGGAUUUAUGCUAAUUUUAAGCUGCUUGGGCUUCCUCGCUCCUGUCCGCCAAGCGCACCUUCAAAGCGCUACCAUCGCAGAUCUUUCCUUUCAGAAUAUGGACUUUGCCAUGAACCUAUACAAAAAAAUAUCCAACUAUCACGACGAGAAUAUAUUUUUCUCACCUCUGAGCAUCUCCACCAGCUUUGCGGCUCUUUUAAUGGCUUCCGAUGGUGACACGUACAAGGAAAUACUGAAGGGACUCAACCUGGAGAAGCUGGAGCAGGCUGACCAGCCAGAGCUUAUCCCAACACUCUUCCAACGCCUUCAUGAGAACAUCACACAGGAUGAAUCUCUGGACCAAGGCAUGGCCCUCUUUAUGCGCCAGCAGUUUGAGAUAGAGAACGUAUUGAAAGAUCAACUGAAGACAUUUUUUUAUGCUGACCUCAAAAGUGUUGACUUUGCGGACACAAAAGGGAGUAUCAGCUUCAUCAAUGAGUUUAUCAACAACAAGACUCGGGGCAAAGUGCCCGAGAUGAUUUCCACCCUGGAUGCAGCGACUUAUCUCAUGUUAAUCGACACCAUUUUCUUCCAGGGAUCCUGGCAGAAGCCUUUCAACCCCAAUUUUACUCGAAAUGCACCGUUCUACAUUGACAACUAUAAUAUUGUGCAAGUGCCGAUGAUGUUUUUAGAGGAUAAGUUCUACUCUAUGAAAGAUAUCCAGCUUGGUGCUAAAGUGUUGAAGCUACCGUAUCAGGAAGGUGUUUCCAUGCUUAUCCUGCUACCAAACGCAGGCGUAGACUACACUGUCGUCGAUGAUGGGAUCACGUCUCAGAGGUUCCUCAGCUGGAUCCAAAAGCUGCAGAAAACCAAACUGGAAGUCCACAUGCCAAAAUUCAAGAUGGAAGAGUCGUAUUCCCUGCAAAAUAUUCUUCCAGAUAUGGGCAUGAUCAGUAUCUUCAGUAAUUCAGCCAAUUUGACAAAGCUGACUAAGAAAGUAGGCCUCAAAGUGUCAGAGGUGCUGCACAAGGCUGUGAUCGAGGUGGACGAGAUAGGAACCACUGCAGCCGCGGCCACAGCAAUUGGCAUUACUCCAUAUUCCUUACCCAGGACCUUCACUGUCAACAGGCCGUUUUUCUUCUUCAUCUACCACGAAGCCACAAACUGUCUGCUGUUCAUGGGCAGGGUGAUUGACCCCUCCAAAAACUAGCAGUCAUGGGUUGUUUGAGCAUAUGACAUUGUGUUUAUUAAAGCUUUUAAAUGGCUGUUUUGAUGCAUCUUUUCAUCUUAAAUUUAGAAAGUGUGUGCUGUUUUGUUCUAUAAGCCUGUCUAAUGUAAUCCUUAUAAUAAUAAAAAUAGCAACAAGUGCCUUUC